UACUUCCAUCCAAACACAAAGAAUUGUAUCACUAUCAUCGUCGUUAUUAGCUGACACAGUCACACAGAUCAUGCAGAUCUUCCAAGUGACGACGAUGAUCCUGCAGCCUCGGUUACUCACAUGGUUCUUCUCCACACUCCUGCUCACACAACUGAUGAUGGCGUCUACUGCGGCGGCGGAGUCGACGGUGAAAGUGAGCACCACCCCGAUCUUCCCUCAGAUCCCACUGGGCCAGGCGAGGAAGGACUUCCAAGUUCUGCUGCGCGUCGAGGCACCGACAGCGGCGGUGCGUCCCGAGGCGCGCGUCCCCAUCGACGUCGUCGCCGUGCUCGAUGUCAGCGGCAGCAUGAAUGACCCGGCCGCAGUGCCACCGGAGAGGAGGCCGACGACGUCGAGGCUGGACCUGCUGAAGACGGCCGCCAAGUUCAUGGUGGCCAAACUCGAAGACGGAGAUCGCCUCUCCAUCGUAGCGUUCAAUGAUCGACCCGUCAAAGAACUUAGCUCCGGCUUGCUGUACAUGUCCGCCGACGGCCGGAGAAAAGCCAUGAAGAGUGUGGACCAGCUCGAGGCCCGUGGCGGCACCGCGCUCGUGCCGGCCUUCGAGGAGGCGGUGAAGGUCCUGGAUGGGCGGGUGGGAGACGGUCGCAACCGCCUGGGUUUCAUCGUCCUCCUCACCGACGGCGAGGACACGAGCGGGUUCACGCUGAGCGAGCGGCGCCGUGAGGUGAUCCGUGGCGCCCUCGGCAGGUACCCCGUCCACACCUUGGGCCUGGGUAGGGCGCACGAUCCCGAGGUCCUGCUGUACCUUGCCCAAGAGUCUCACGGCACCUAUUCCUUCGUCGACGACGACAACAUCGGCGAGGUCGCCGGCGCCCUCGCCGUGUGCCUCGGCGGGCUGAGCACCGUCGCUGCCGUCGACACGCGCGUCGUCCUCAAGGCCGACGAGCUGAACGGGGUGCGCAUAGACCGCGUCGACUCCGGUGGCCACGACAACAGCGUCAGCUGCGGCGGAGCCUCCUGCGAGAUCUCUGUGGGCGUCCUGUACGCCGGCGAGGCAAAGCAUUUCGUGGUCCACCUCCACGUGCCAGCUGCUGCGCCAUCAUCGUCGUCGUCGUCAACGGAUAGCGGUCAUUACUGCGACGGCAUCGGCGCCUGUGACCGCUACUACCAUCACCGCGACGAGCAGCGCCUGCUCGCCGUCGGCUACUCGUACAGGGACCAUCCCAGCUCCCGGGUGAUCACUGUACAAGCACACGGCGUGUUCGUGAAGAGGUCCCCGUCACCGGCGGUGUUAGAUGGCGGGUGGCAAGCUCCUGUUCCUGUUCCCUCCCCGGUGGUCCUGCAGCACAUCGUCCGGUUGGAGCUGCUGGAAGUGGUGGCCGGCGUCGUCCACGGCGAGCUGAUCACCGACGACAGAGCGCGUGCCGCGGACGUGCUGCAGCUCAAGUGGGAGGAGUUCAGAGCGUGCCACCAGUUCUGGGGGGGCGGCCUCGACCUGAUGAGCGGCCUGGAGAAGGAGGUGGGCGGCAUGGUGAGCAGCCUCAGAGCAGGGGUGGCGGCCUACGUCUACGCCUGGGUGUCGAGCCACCAGAUGCAGCGCGCCACCAGCAUCGGCUCGCCGGAGAAGGCGGUCGUCGAGUUCCUGACGCCGGCGAUGCGGCUCGUCUUGGAGGAGGCGCGGAAGCUGCCGCUGUGGCAGGCUGGAACGACGGCGGCGACGACGAACGUCCAGCACGUGGGCAGCGGCGUCGACGAAUUCGAGAUGGUAGAGUGGAGGCUGGAGGUGUGGUCCAAGGUAAAGCAGCAGCUCAUGUCGUUCCAGGAGCAGACGGCGGUGGACGAGGAGCAGCAGCACCUGGCCGCCGUCUUCCAGGAGGCGUCGCUGGAGGCCAUCGACCGCGCCAUGCACCGCGACAUUUACCUGGCCGCGGUUUAUGCGAGCAAGCUGAGGCGAUGCCACUCGUCGGGCGCCACGAACUGAAGGACUGAGAAAUCGGCACAUGAAAGUGGACAUGUUUAUCAGGUCGUCAAUAACUAAGUUACCUAGCCGCUUGUACUGGGCAUGCCCACCUUUGUUAUUUACUAGCAAAUGAGCUCUUACGUUAAACAUGCAUUUUGUUGUGUAAUCAUGUUGUGGUGCAAUAUGUACUACACUUCAGAUCUAUAUGUAUCACUGUCGGAUCUAAA